UCGAGUCUUCUGACCAUGGUCUCCAAGACUCAUCUCAUAAGAACUCGCCUGAUUUUGGAAACACGCUUAUCGGAGAUAUUACAGCGGCUAGAAAAUUGAUGACAACUGGAAUUGAUUUUAGAAGCUGUUAAAACUUGGGAGUAAAGUUUCAUUAUCUAUAAAUACUGAUCUCAAGUGUUCACUACUACUUGCUAAAUCUUAGAAGAAACCCUUACCGUGUUCUGUUCUUCUUCAACUCUGUGCAACAAAAAUAAAAUAAAAAUAAAGAUUGAUCUGAAAGAAAGUAUGGGUUUUGUGAAUCAGAACCAGAUGAAAUCGUCAUCUUCUUGUAAGGGUAAUGGUAACAAAAAGAAGAUCUACAAGAACAGAUUGAAGGGUAUUGAGAAGAAAUUACAUGAAUUUAAGACUCUAUGUGGUGUAAGGGCUUUGUUUUAUGUUAAAUCUGAGUUUAAUAAAGAUAAGAAUGGGGAUGGAUUGGUUAGGAUACUGCCAGAAAACCCUAAUGAAUGUCAAGAGAUUAUGAAGGAUUUCAUUAAUUAUAAUUCAGGGAAAAGAAAAAGGGAUAACGAUGAAGAAGUUGUUGAUUCAGAAUGUAUGAAUGAUAACAAGAUGGGGAAACUAUGCACUGGUGAUGUUAAAGAAGAGAAUCAACAAGUUAAAUUUAUUGAUCAGAAUCAGUUAAGUAAUUUAUCUAUUGAAGAGAUUCAAGAGAUUGAAAAGAAUUUGGAGCCCGUGUUUGGUACGAUUUCAGAGAGAAUAGAUCAGUUGAUGGAGAAGAACAGAUUUAAUGAUCCAUCUGCAAAGGGUUGUAAUGAAGAUGAUGUGAUUAUGAUGAAGGAAUCCCCCUCUCUUCAACUUGAACCAAAAUUUGAUUAUCAAUCUUCGUCAUCUACAGAUUUUUAUAAUUAUGGUUCUGCUUCGGAGAAGGAGUUUGAUUAUGAUAUUAAUCAAUGGCUUAAUCUUCCUGGGCUAACUAAUACAACUACUACUGAUGAUGGUAUUGUGUUUGAGCCUUUUCCUGACUUGAUUGACUUCGAGUUCGAGGCGCUGAAUAACUAUGCAGGGGCUCAGUUGCUGCGACGCGUGCAUUUAGAGGGAUAGAGACGGAAGCAAAAACAAGUGAUAGGUUCUUAAUGCUGUAUUCAGUUCAACUGUUAAAGCGACAGAAUGAAGUUCUGAUGAUGCAUCUCCAACUACUAAAUCAGGCCCCAAGGAUCUACAUGGAGGCACCAGAAUGAAGUUCUGAUUAGUACUAAUUUGUUCUUAAGUUAUGUUAUUUUUUAAGCUUUCAGCUCUAUAUAUCGUGUGAGUGACAUCUUGUCCUGCCGGAGUUUCAUGGGUUAUGCUGGUGUUGUGUUCCUUAAUCGUAGUAAGAAAAAUGAUAAUUGAUGUUUUGUUUUACAAUCAAUAACACCAUGCUUUCUGCAGAAUGGUA